AUGGAGAUAGAAGGGAUGAAAGCAGAGAUGAUCAAGCCGUUCGACGGCCCCGAUAUGCCGGAAUCUGAUAAAGCGCCGUUGGAUUGCUCAUUACCACCGGAAACUGUGAAAAGGACUGUUACCAGCACAGGGGCGAGGAUUUCUGCCCAAAUCAUUGAAGCAAAUGUUGAGGGGCACAUAAAAGAGCUGGAUUUUGAGUCUGAAACUAAUGGUAUUGUGUUUGAUACUGAAUUCUCAAAAGGGUCGAUAGAAAUUGAGAAAGGGGGUAGCUUUGGAACGAUUAUAGAUAAAGAUAACACUAAGAAUGUAGAGAUUGAAAAUAAGGCCAUUUUGGAAGAAGCUGGUUUAGAAAUGAAUGUUAAGGUUAAGAUCGAAAAUGGGGAUGAAAUCAUUGUGAAAAAGGAGGAUUGUGGAGAGUCUGAUAUGGUUUUGGAUGAGAAACAGCCUAUCCAGGACAAAAGGUUCAGUCUUGGUGAUGUAAUUCCUAGUGGGUCGGUAGGUAAAUCAAGUUUGAGCGUUAACGAAUGGCUUAAAUUGCCUGAAAAUAACCCUCCUCAGGUUAAAGGAAAAAGUUCACAAGAAGUGGAAAAAUCCCACGUUAUUGUUUUAGUAAAAGAGGAGCCUAUUGUGAAUGUUGAUAGUAAUAAUGGCACUCAGUCCAUAGUUAAACAGGACAUCACGGAUUCUGGUAUGGUUCUGGAAGAGAAACAGUGUUCCCAGGACUUGAACCACAAUCUUUGUACUAAAUUGGAUUUGGAGUUUGAAGAAUGGUGUAAAGAACAAGGCUUACCAGAACCAGUAAGCUCCCAAACAAUUGUUAAAAAGGAGGCGGAAGAAAUAAUAUGUGUUCAGCCUUUGUCCGCUCGAUCCAUUACAGAAGAUGAGUAUAAGAAAAUGCAGAUGGGUAGUGCAAAGAAGCAGUCUUUGGGAGUUCAGAAGCCAGCCAAUAGUGCAAAUAACACGCUUAGUACUGUUGUCAUUGAGGAUGGAGAUUUCCCUGAAGAGCCAGACUGGUUGUUGGUUGGGAGGGAUGUAAUCAUGGGACUUUCCACUACUAAGGGGAGAAAAAUUGAGACCAAUGAGAUUGUGAAUAUCACUUUUCCUUCGGUAAAGAUGCUGAAUAAGUCAGGGAUUGCUCGGUUCUCAACCAAAAGAAAUGGAGAGAUUGGCCGUCUUCCAAUGGAGUGGUCAAAAUGCCUUACUCCACUUGUAAAUUCUAACAAAGUCAAGGUUCUUGGAAGAUGCAUAUCUGCACCUGCAAGUCUUCAUUUGAUGCAGGAAAUUAUGUUGUACAUUAGUUUCUACAUUCAUCAUUCAGUCUUCACGGAGGUUGAUAACUCUUCUUGGAAGCUUGAACCAUCAGAUAUAAAUAGCACCGUAUAUCCGCUUUUGACUUUGUUUAAGUUGCUAAAACUAAAGCCAUCUCAGGAGGCUGACUUUACACCUGAAGAACUUGAUUCACGGAAACGCUCACUGAAGUUAGCAGAUGAUUUGGAAGAAACUGUAUCAAUGUUGCCUUCUUUGAAGAGAAGAAAGGGUUGUCAGCCACUUCAGAACCAGAACGGAGACGAGCAAACAAUUUCAGAAUCAUCUUUAAACAAGCUUGUUGGCGCCGCAGAUAUGUACGAUUUGAAGGAGAUGGAGCCACCAAGGACCCUUAUGUGUGAUCUUAGGCCAUACCAAAAGCAGGCCCUCUUCUGGAUGAUAGAAUCAGAAAAGGGACUAGAUGCCGAAGAGGCAGAAAAAACUCUUCAUCCUUGCUGGCGGGCUUAUCGCAUAUGUGAUGAGAGGGCUUCUGCAAUUUAUGUGAACACUUUUUCUGGUGAAGCAACAACAAAACUGCCAACCGCAACACAGGCUGCAAGAGGAGGGAUUUUGGCAGAUGCAAUGGGGCUUGGAAAAACUGUGAUGACAAUUGCUUUAAUCCUUGCACAACAUGGCAGAGGUACUCCAGAGGACAAAGAACUUAUUACCGACAGCAAGGAGGAUACAGAAUACAUUAAAAAGAAGAGAAGUGAAUCUGAUAGAAAGUCUGGGAGGAGAGUGAAAGGAGGCACCCUUAUUGUUUGUCCCAUGGCGUUACUUGGUCAGUGGAAGGAUGAACUCGAAACACACUCAAAGCCAGAUAGCCUUUCCGUUGGUGUUUUCUAUGGCGGAGAUAGGACUGCUGACCCUCGAGUGAUAGCAUUGCCGGAUGUGAUCUUGACUACAUAUGGUGUCCUUACGUCGGCUUACAAGAGUGACGGGGAGGAUAGCAUUUUUCACAGAGUUGACUGGUACAGGGUGGUUUUGGAUGAAGCUCAUACCAUUAAGUCCCCGAAGACUGUAGCUGCUCAAGCAGCAUUCAGAUUGUCAUCAUACUGCAGAUGGUGUCUCACUGGUACCCCUCUUCAGAAUAAAUUGGAAGACCUUUAUAGCCUUCUUUGCUUCUUGCAUGUAGAACCAUGGUGCAAUUGGGCCUGGUGGCAGAAGCUAAUCCAGAGGCCUUAUGAAAAUAAUGAUCCAAGAGGGAUGAAACUAAUCAAGGCUAUCCUGAGACCACUUAUGCUGCGAAGAACAAAGGAAACAAAAGACAAGGAAGGAAGGCCAAUAUUGGUACUACCACCAACUGAUAUUAAAAUCAUUGAGUGUGAACAAUCUGAAGAAGAGCGCGAUUUCUAUGAUGCCCUGUUCAAGAGAUCCAAGGUUCAAUUUGACCAAUUUGUAGCACAAGGCAAGGUUCUUCACAAUUAUGCAAAUAUUCUUGAGUUGCUUCUUCGACUAAGGCAGUGUUGCAACCACCCUUUUCUAGUGAUGAGCCGGGGUGAUACUCAAGACUUUGCAGACCUGAACAAACUUGCUAGGAAGUUCCUUGAAAUGAAUCCUGAUUCUACCUCUCAGAAAGUUCCCUCAAAAGCAUAUGUUGAAGAGGUUGUGGAGGGAAUUCGUAAAGGCGAAAAUAGUGAGUGCCCCAUAUGCCUAGAGUCAGCAGAUGACCCUGUGCUCACACCAUGUGCACAUAGAAUGUGUAGGGAGUGUCUUCUGUCAAGCUGGCGAACUCCAGCGUACGGGCUAUGCCCCAUUUGUAGGCAACUGGUUAAGAAAACUGAGCUGAUCACAUGUCCAUCUGAGAAUCGGUUCAGAAUCGAUGUUGAGAGAAACUGGAAAGAGUCAUCAAAGGUCUCAAAACUCUUGGAUUGCCUGGAACACCUUAGGAAGUCGGGCUCUGGCGAGAAGAGCAUUGUCUUUAGCCAAUGGACGUCCUUUCUUGAUUUACUGGAGAUCCCGCUGAAAAAGAGAAAGAUUAGUUUCUUGAGAUUCGAUGGGAAGUUGUCUCAGAAACAAAGAGAAGUUGUUUUGAAAGAGUUCAGCGAGUCUAGUGAAAAAAUGGUGAUGCUAAUGUCACUGAAAGCAGGUGGUGUAGGCCUGAAUCUAACAGCAGCUUCUAAUGUCUUCCUAAUGGAUCCAUGGUGGAAUCCAGCAGUGGAAGAACAAGCAAUCAUGCGAAUUCACCGCAUCGGUCAGAAGAGAACUGUUCGGGUUAGAAGAUUCAUUGUCAGGGAUACUGUGGAAGAAAGGUUGCAACAAGUCCAAGCUAGGAAACAAAGGAUGAUUGCUGGUGCACUUACUGAUGAAGAGGUUAGAUCAGCUAGGCUUGAGGAGCUCAAGAUGCUUUUCCGCUAA